AUGUCUUUAUCAAAAGGUCUGAAAAGGAAAGUGGACAACGACAACAGAGCAUAUAAAGAGGAAUGGAGAGACAACUUUGCCUUUAUCUUACCCGGUUUCACAAAUGGAAAGCCCAUGUGUCUUAUCUGCAACGAAGUUAUCGCGGUUUGCAAAGGGUACAAUAUCAAGCGGCAUCACGAAACAAAGCAUGGCUCCUUCAACGUUGCUUAUCCGCUCCUGUCUGAGGCGCGAAAACGCAAAAUUCAAGCGCUGUCAGAGGGUUAUGCAAAGAGUAGCAGGAUCCUAAUGCGAGGUCUCACAUCCCAAGAAAAAGCCACAAGUGCGUCCCUAAAAGCGUCUUGGUUGCUCGCACGACACAACAAGCCUUUCACCGAUGCAGAGCUUUUCAAAGAUGUCAUGAUUGCUGUGUUGGAGGAAAUAGCUGACGAUAAGUCCAUGGAUGGAGUCAUUGCCUCUGUCAAACAGAUACCCCUUUCUGCGAGGUCCGCUACUCGCCGCAUAGACGCCUUAUCAAAUGCUGUGCAGGGAGCUGUUAUCAGUGACCUCAAUCACGCUAAGUACUUCUCCUUAGCGGUGGACGAGAGCACUGACAACACAGAUGUUGCCCAGAUGUGCGUCUUUGUUAGAUACUUUGAUGGGAAAGAAUUUAAGGAAGACCUGCUGGCUUUUAUUCCGCUGGAGGGGCAAACUACUGCUGACAUAAUUUUCACUAAAUUGUCUGAGCGGUUUGAACGACUUUCGUUGUCCUUUGAGAAGGUUAACCUUCUCGUAACAGAUGGAGCCCCUGCUAUGGUGGGAAAGCACAGAGGUUUGGUAAGCAGGUUGAAGGAGGUCGCUCCCCAAAUGCAAGGACUGCAUUGCCUCAUCCACCAAAGUGUCCUCUGUGCCAGGCUGAGUGGUGAGUUAAAGGGAAUCAUGGACAAAGUGAUGCGCAUCAUCAAUUUUAUCAGGGGUACAUCAAGCACCCAGCAUCGGCUUUUCCGACAGCUUGUGGCUGACUCAGAGGAGGCCACCCACGGUGACCUUCUGCUUCAUAAUGGCGUGCGCUGGCUGAGUAAGGGGAAAGCGCUGGAGCGCUUCUGUGCGCUUCUAGAUGAAGUGAAGAUCUUCCUACGAUCGGGCAAGAGGGCAGCAGAUCAUCUUGUCCUAAUAGAGGACGAUGAGUUCAUGGCUAAUGUGGCAUUUUUAGCUGAUACAUUUGGCCAUCUAAACACGCUCAACUUACAGCUACAGGGGAGGGGAAAAACCAUCGUUGACAUAGUGGAAAAACUCCAAUCAUUCACGGCAAAGCUAGCGUUGUUGGACUCAGACAUGUCAACUGGCAGCCUACUGCAUUUUAACACACUGAAAACACGGGCAGCAGGGAGAGUGACCGGUCUGAUGGUUGAGUUCAUCAAGCAACUACGCGCAAACUUUGCAUCUAGGCUGGAGGACUUUUCUGUCCCAAGAGACGUAAUUGCUUUUGUGCGUGACCCUCUCGCAAUCCGAUCAAGUGGAGAACUCUCCUCGCUGGCUAAAACAGUAUUGCCCUCUUUGGAUGAGGCUAAAUUUGAGAUGGAGCUCAUAGAUUUUCAAACAACCUCUUUGGUCAAAGACGCCUACAGAUCAGCAGGAUCAGUGAGUGACUUCUGGAUCGCAUGUUCAGAGGAGUACGGGGCCAUAAAGAAACUGGCGAUGUACGUCUUAACAAUGUUCCCCUCCACAUACACAUGCGAGUCGGCAUUCUCCUCAAUGAAUGCAAUUACGACAUACGAGAGGAAUAGACUUACAAAUGAAAACCUGGAAAACUGCCUGCGGAUUUCAGUGACGUCUGUAACACCAGACAUUAAAAAAAUUGCGACAAGUGGAAAAUGCCAAUUUUCCCAUUAA